AUGCAUGCUUUAAGACCCGCGUCCCCUCUCCACCAGCUGGAAUCUAGUCAUGUUUCAGAGAGUUAUCACAAAAAACGCAUCUUAGACUAUAUCAAUAACAUCAAUCCCGCUCACUGGCCUGAAACUGACAUCACAAUCCCUUCGUCUUCUCCUUCUGACCGCCACGCCACCAAAUCGAGGAACCUCACUUAUGCAGAUGGACUUGCAUACAGAGAAGCCCUCAUAUCCCGCAAAAUCAACGUCGUGGGGGAGAUUCCUCCGUCAUAUGGGGAACCCAAUCCAGACUACGAGUUACCCUCUACGUUGACAGCACCUACAGAAGUCGAAAAUUCUCUCAGACAUGCAUACCUGAAUAGGAUUCGUGCUGUCGGUCUGGCUACACUCAGACUUUCUAUGCCAUUCUUCGUCACUGAAUGGCUCAUUGAUAUGCCGGAGUUGAAGUAUCACGUAUCAAUGCAUUUCAAAACCGAGCCUCUUAAACCGCAAAAGACAAUGCUACGACCUCUCAAUAUAUCAGACCCCGACAUUGUCGUUGGCUAUAACUGGAAAUCGAUACGUGGAGAUUAUAAACUUGCUUUCGAUGAGGUGCCAGACAGUCUCAGGUUCGCGUUCCCUAUAGUCCUGGAUACACAUUUUGCUUUUCCCUUCUUUUCGAUCGAGAUGAGAAGCGACGCAGAGCAAGGCCCUUCCCGGAACCUCCACUUGGCCGCCUUAAUGCUCAGAGGUCUGGGAUACUUCCACCAAAAGGCCUACGGAAAAAACGACGAAGCCGACAAGUUCGACGGGAAGGUACGAGUACUUACGGCUACGAUCAGUCGCAACGAUGUGAACGUAUUCGGACACUGGACGAACGGCGACCCAGGAGAUCCGAAAAAGGAAGAGUUCUAUGCGGCACGACAUGGUUUAGAGACGCUCUGCAAGUGGAUGAUGAAAGAAAAUCGCAAGUGGAUUGCUCCUGGCUUGCAAGAAUUGGCCAAGGCUUGAUGUGAUGCUUCCAAUUCUAUGCUGGGCACUUGAAUUAGAUAUCUGUCCGCUCGCUCUCGCUUGCUCUCUCUCUCUCUCUCUCUCUCUCUCUCUCUCUCUCUCUCUCUCUCUCUCUCUCUGC